CGCCGAGCCGGCAAGCGGAACGUCCAGCAGCUCAGGUGACCAUUUCAUAACGAAAGAACUUCUCUGAAGAUAAGCUGCUGUGUCAACAAAUUACGCCUGAUUAUUUUUACAUCAGAUUGUGAAAGAUCUAUCUGCUUGAAAGUUGUGAUCUUACCAAAGAAGAAUGGCAGAUGACAGGAAGUCUGAGGCGAAUGCACCACAAUGGGGCUCCAACACUCUCCUUGAAGAUGCGUCACAUCAAUUUGCUGCCAAUUUUAAAGAACAGACAGCCACAGAUGAAUGUAUAUCCAGGACUGAGAAUGGCUACUCAUUCAGUGAGCACCCUGCAGCAACUCAGAAUGGAAGUCAAACAGCUUAUACUGAGACAAAAGCAAAAGGAAUCAAUGGGAAUUUAGCCGCUAGAGACGAAGUGACAGCAGUGUCUGAAAGAACAUCUGACAGUAAAUCGGUUCCUGCAACAGAAGCAGAAGUGAUCUCUGCUAGAAUUGUGCAGGAAGUCACAGCUGAAGCAGUGGCAGUGCUUAAAGGAGAACAAAUAGAAGAUACCGUACUGAGAGACCAGCCAAAGCAGCCUUCUGCAGUUGAAGAUUUAACCAAUUUGCCACCUUCCCCACCACCAUCUCCAGCAUCAGAACAUUUUGCUGCAGCUGAGAAAGCCACGAAGAUGGACAAGCUGCCAACAGGUGGAGAAUCCUCUGUUGCUAGUGGGGGAAGACCAACGUUGCAUGAAGUAUCAAUGGCAGAGUUGAAAGAUAAGACUGUUGAGCAUACUGAACAACAAAUAUCUGACUUGUUGCCUUCUUCCACACUGGGUAAAGAUAAUGAAGCUCUCAGCGGAACUCCAGUGGAAAUCUCCGAGGUACAGAAUUCAUUUCCAACUACUAUUUUGCAAACUCAACCUCUAGCUCCAUCUGUCAAGAGUGAACCAUAUCCAGAAGAGUUGGUUGCAUCUAAUGUUGAGACUCUAACUAGCCAUUAUGAAAGAUCAUUGCAAUUCAGCACCUAUGAAGAUGAGUGCACUUCUGUGGUGGCAGCAGAGAACGUCGUCACCCAAGUCCAACCAAGUUCUGUCCAGAUAACAGAUGAAACAAGAAAACCGCUGCCCGUUUCACCUGAAAUAACAUCUAGCAAAUCAGAUCUAGGUGAAAGUAAAUUACUUUCACCUAGUCCUAAUGUCAAGGAUUUAUCUGAAAUAUCCAGUGCAGAAAUUACAGAAGCUGGUGGUUGUUUGAAAGAAAAAGACAUUUCUGCAAAUGUUGUAACUGAUAAGGAGAGUGCAGCAGCUUCCCGAGAAGAGCCAUUUGCUGUUACUGAAGGCAAAGAUGUGUUACCUCAGCAAAAAAUACCAGCAGAUACCAUUGCAACUACUGUUUAUACCACUAAAGAGGAUCAGCAGUUUCCUCAGGGAAAGCCAGGAAUUCCUGAGGAAUUGCAUGUAGAACAAACACUUACAGAUGCUGAUAGUGCAGUUAGAGAUGAUGCUAUAAUUUCAGAAGCUAAAAGGAAAGAAAUGCUAGAUACAAUAAAACUGGUCGAACAUAUAGGUGAUGUCUUUUCAAUGCCAGAAGAUAGAGCAGAAUGUGUUGAAUAUAACUCCAUAAGAAGUGCAGAAAAUGUAGAGGAUUCAAAGGGGAAACCAUCAGUUGAAGAGAAAAUUUCCAGUGCAAUAGAAUUAUUACCAACUGAAUCUUCUAAGCAUGUGCCUGAGCAGUUAACUGCCAAUCUUACAAUUAAGGAAAUGGAUAAAGCUGAUCAAAAAGUUGAAGUCUGGCAAUUAACUGAUGUUACACCUGCUCAAUCCUGUGUGGAAGAAGCUAAUCAAAUUGCAGCCUAUAGCACACAUCCUGGCACAGGUGAUGCAGCUGAUAGUAUAAGUAAUGGUUCAGUGCUUGAGAUGAUUAAGUUAGACCCAUGUACUAUUGAGCAAAGCAGAGAGAAGAUUCAUGAUAUGUCCACAAAAAUUGAAGACGAAAGCACUCAACAGGUAAUUUCCAAAGAAAAGAAGUCUGAACCGCUGGUGCCCCCACCCACUGAUUCAGAUGUUGCUUCUGAAAAUACUACUGUAAGUUCAAUUAAUCCAAUAGCACAAAGCAAAAAGUCUGAUGCUGCUAAUGUGAAUUUAAAAGAUGGGACUGUGGUGGAUCAGCCAGAAAUAUCUAAGUAUUUUGAAACAUUUGUUUCAAAAGAUGAUGGGGUAAAAGUGACCAAACAGCCUGAAGAUGGUUAUUAUGAAAUGACCAUUACAGAGGAGAGCAGUUCAAGACUAUCUCAUGCAGUGCAGCAGAGCACUGAGGCCCUAAGUGAUAAAGCAAAAGUAGAUGAGAACAGAGCUGAAAAUAAUAUUCCGGCAGAAAGCAUUCAGUAUAGCACAUUUGCACACUCACCUCUCCCUGUUGACCAGACCAAGCCCACUGCAGAAAAUGAACUUAAUUUUCCUGCUCCUGAAAACCGUGAAGAGAUGGAAAUUUCUCAACAUCCUGAUUCAAGUGGUGAUGUGAACACAUCUGAAGGACUACAGAAGCUAGUGCUGAAUCUCCCAACAACCUUUUUAGAUUCAAUAUCACUUGAGGUGGAAGCAGAGAGCCAAGGUCCCCCAGAAUCUUUGUCACCACUGGCAUCUGACAUUCUUGCCUGUACCAGGGGAAUAAGCUUGGAUGAGACAGCAGACAUUUUUCCUGCGCCGACACCUGCUGAGGAGAAGCAGAUUUGUUUUCCUGUUGAAGUGGAUAAAAGCAAAAGUGUUUCUACGUGCGAAGAGAAGUCAGCAAAUGAAAACGUGUGUUUAGACCAGCAGUAUGCUUUCUCCCAUACUUUGAAGCAUGAUUACAAAAAUGACAGUGUUGUGGUCCCUGACUUGCCGGAAAUGUUAGAUUUAGGAGUUAGUAGAAGCAGACUGAGCUUUGAUGGCAGUGAAACUGAGAUGAGCCGAAGAGCAUCGAUGCCUGCAGAGUCUGUUUCUGGCUCGGAGGCUUUGAGUGAAAGCAUCAAGUUAAUCAUUAAAAACGUUGGCCAGCCAGAGGAAAUGGGCUAUUGUGUGUUUGAAUACUCUGCUCCCUUACCUACUCCUGAGGAGGUCAAAAGUCCUUUGGAAGAUGGAAGCAUUUUCCUCCACAAAAUCCGCACUGCUUCUCAAACUAUUGAUGAGGAAAGUAUUAGGAGGCAGAUAGAUGCAAAUAAGCAUAAAGAGGAUUCACAUUUUAGGAUUGCCACCCUGUCUGAAGACAGUGAGUUAAAAUUAAUGCCCACUUUGGAAGGGCAAUCAGAAGUUAGGAAUGAAGAAUCAAUUUCAAUAGAUAUUCCAGUCCAGCUUGCUAAAACAGAAUCUGGACCUGUUUGUUUAUCUGAUAUCCCUGAAGCAAAAGAACUUGAUCAACAUAAGGCUAUUAAUAUUUCUGAAAUUGCAGUAGACACUCCUCUAAAUAAAUCUCUGGAUUAUUUACCAACUGAGUUCACAGAACCGGAAGCAUCUCUGAAGCUAGAGCUCGUGGAUCAAAAGCUGCCUAAGAAGGAUGUUCCUGUUCAAGAAACAGCUCAACCUAAGAAAACUUUGGGUAAUGAGACCAAGACCAUGUCCAACAGAGUUACCGUAACAGUUUUAGAAAUGGAGUCAUUAAGGUUUGGCAAAAGUAUUUCUGUACAGGAAUCAGCUCAAACUAAGAAAGUAUUUGAAGAUAAGCCAAGACCUAUUUUACCCAGGCAGGAUACUGUGCUGGAUGUUGACAUAGAAAUGGAGGCAGAUCACAUGUUUUGCGAGAAAACUGCUUCCUUUGAAGAAGUUGUUCAACCUGUCAAUGUCUUUGAAGGUGGCCAUAAGCCUGGUUUGUCCUCUGAGUUUGCUGGACCAGAAACUGUUCAGUAUAAAAAGACUGAAGACGAUGCUUUCAUUCGAGAAACACCUGAACCUCUUGUGGAAAGUAAGGCCAUUUCACAUAGUGAGGCUACCUUAACUGAGGUGUGUGUGAAAAAUGACACUGUUGAUCACAAAAUACCUGAGCAAUCUGACUCUGUACAAAAAGCCACUUCACCUGAGAAAAUUAUGUUCGAUGUCUCUAAGCCUGAUCUGCCAAGUGAUACUAAUGCCGUUGAUAUAGGUGAAAAAAUGGAACAAGUUGAUCAAAUGUCCGAGAAAAUUGGAUCUCCAUCUGAAUUGGCUCCAACUGCUAAAAUUAGAGAGGAUGACACAGAGCCUGGUUUGCCUCCUGUCAUUAGUGCACAGAAAGAUGACUUGGAAGCUGUGCAUGAUGACGACAAAAUAGAGAAGAAGACUGUCCCUGCACCAGAACUCAUUCAAGCCGAGAGAACCACGGAACUAAAAACUGAACACACUUUGUCCGGUGAUGUUGUUGAACCUGCAGUUGCUCAGCCUGAGAAAAGCACAGAGGAUGAAACUGGGACCACACCUAGUGAAGUUACUGUGGGAGAAGUUUCAAAAGCAGAGACAUCUGAUUAUAGUAUCUCUGCUCCUCUACAAGAUUCGGCUUUAGCUGAGAAAUCUAGCAAUGAAGAAAAUAAGGCUAAUUUGUUGAUUGAGGUUACAGUGCCAGAAAUAGUUUUGCAAAUGGACCCUGCUGACUAUGAAGUAUCUGAAAAUAUUAUUCCUGUGGAAGGAACUGAAGAGAGAGGAAUUGUGGAAUCUGUUGUUACAGUAGAAGAUGAUAUUAUUACAGUUGUUCAAACGACGUUAGAAAGAGGAGAGGACAUGGGACACAGUGUGAGAUUUGCCAUAGCUGAUGGCGAGGAUAUUGAUGAUGUUUUUACAUGCAAUGAACAAACCCAUUUAACAGAAGAACAAACUCAUAAGCCUGCUGUACAGACUGCUGAAAUUGUGCAUAUCCCAGAGAAGAUACAGAUCCCAACAGACUUGAAAGAAGAUGAGAGUAUUGAUGAAUCGGUAAUGGACACUGACAGCUACUGGAUGGAUACACAAGAUGAAGAGAGUAUCAUAGUAACACAACCCGCUGCUGUCACAAAACAGGAGAAACCAGAGAAGGAAUUCAGCAGCCCGUCUUUGGAUAAACAUAGGAAAGGGAAAGUGUUAAAAACUGCAAAAAACAGAGCUUCAACGCCAGAGAGAAAAAUAAUCAAAAAAGAUGUCAAUGUACUCUCCAAAGAAGACAGAAAGAAAAGAAAAGUGUAUAAGAAGUCUGAACUUGCUAAAAAAACAGAGAUUCAGACCCGGUCUCCCUCCAGGAAAAUCAUAUUAAAACCAGCUGUAAGAUAUCAUAGACCAGCUCACGUCCCUUGUACUAAAAGGAAGCAGACAGUUCCUGGAAAUGUUGAGGGUGCUUACAUUAUAGACCAGAAAUUUUCUGUUGCUAAGCAACCUAAGGAGCGGAUCACAAAUUCAUCUACACUAACAAAGAUUCCUACCUCAAAAUUAUCUUCCCUCCUCCCUGAAAGACCCAAAUCUACUUGUUCUGCUGAUAAAAAAGCCUUUAUUGACCUAGAUUACUAUCCCACACGACCCUCGUCUGCUGGCCCUAGAGAAUCUUUGAAUGAGCAGCUUGUGAAAAAGGAUACCACAGGGAGGAGCCCAGAGAAGCGUUCAGCUUUGCCGAGACCUUCUUCAAUCUUGACUGCUCGCCGAGCUCCGCCAGAAGAAAGGGAUCCACAGUUUGUUACAGCUGCAAGCCCAGUUUAUUCAGCACCAAGGCGACCAACAACUAUAAGGACUGAACCAAGAAAUGACCAAAGGGGUCAUGGAAUGAGCAGAUCACGAGCACAAGCAAGCUCCGAAUCAGCACGCUCCAAGUCAGCAAGAAGCGGCACAGUCACACCAUCCACUCCUGGAUCCACUGCAGUCACUCCGAGCACGCCGCCCAGUUACUCUCGUACGCCAGGAAGCCGGACUCCUCGCACUCCCGGCACACCUGGCACACACAAAUCUCCCAUUCUGGUGCCCACAGAGAGGAAGGUGGCCAUUAUCCGCACUCCUCCAAAAUCUCCCCUUACUCCAAAGCAGUUCCGCGUUAUCAACCAACCAAUGCCAGAUCUGAAAAAUAUCAAAUCCAAAAUUGGAUCAAUUGACAACCUAAAGCAUCAACCCAGAGGAGGGCAGGUACAUAUAGCAAAUGUAAAACCUGAUUUUAGCCAUAUUCAGCCAAAAUGUGGCUCGCUGGACAACGUGCGUUAUGCUCCCCCGAUUGGAAACGUACAAAUUGUUACCAAGAAAAUAGAUGUGAGUCACAUCACAUCAAAGUGUGGCUCUUUCAGCAACAUACACUAUAGACCAGGUGGAGGACAUGUUAAAAUUGAAAGUCAGAAACUGGAUUUUAAGGAAAAGGCACAGUCCAAGGUUGGCUCCCUUGAUAAUACACAUCACACACCUGGAGGUGGAAAUGUAAAGAUUGAAAGCCACAAGCUUAGCUUCCGUGAGAAUGCCAGGGCUCGUGUGGACCAUGGAGCAGAUAUUGUCACUCAGUCCCCAGGACGAUCCGGUGCCACAACUCCUCACAGACUCAGCAAUGUCUCUUCUUCUGGAAGCAUCAACUUAAUGGAAUCACCACAACUUGCCACACUUGCUGAUGAUGUUACUGCUGCACUAGCCAAGCAAGGAUUGUGAUUUUGCUGAUCAAAAUUGUUAUUGUUUGUUUGUAGCAUGUGCUUUGAGCCUUCAUAAGCUCAAAGUGGGAUUGUGUUUAUUCCUUUCAAUUAACUAUUGAUCAUGUCCUCAGACUGUAGUGAAUAAAAACAAAAUCUUGUUUCCAUUCAUGCCAGGUGUUUCUGGCUUUAAAUGGUAACAACUGCUGUACAUCACACUUAGCAAUGUUGUUCUCAGCUCUGCUUGCAUGGACUGAUGACAAAUACAUUUGUAAUGUUUCAUGCCUGAAGGCAGUGUUGAAAUGGAUCAGUACUCAGAAAGCAGCUGACAUACUUUAUUCCCAGCUCCUCAUCCUAUGUUGAAUGAAUUCUUCCUUGGACGUGAGGGAGGGUACCUAUUAAUAUUUAUUGCAGGAUAAAUUAAUACAUAAUCGUAUUUUAAGGGAAUAAAGGAGCAGACCCAGAAACUAGUAAUAUGUGUAAAGUAUCCCUGAAUUGCAUUCUGUUCAGGAAAGUAAAGCAGUUUAUUAUGUUGAGGAUUGGAAGUAUUAAUGCCAAAACAUGAUGUGACCACACAUUAUUGUGCUCACCCACAAAAAGGUAGUGUUUUGCAUUUUUAUAAUACAAGUUGUAACAAAAAUGGGAAUUAAGUUGUUCAGAAAUAUUAUGUAGCUACUUCACGUAAAUAGGAUGCAAAUCCAAUGUUGUGGAUCUGUAUCUAACUAGAAUGUCAGUUCAGUGCUAGAUUUCUCUAUAUGCUGAUUUUUCAUAUUUUGGUUGAUCAGUUGUUUGAUAUAUAGUACAUAUAUAUGCAGUUUGUACUGUAUAUAUAUUAUAUAUAUCCGGUAUAAUAGAUAUCCUCUGUGGCCAGUGUGUUAUCCCUUAUAUACUUGGAAGUUAUGCUUUUAUUCACAGUAUCUGUGUUUCUGCACCUUUUGGUGUUACUGUUUAGGAUAAGGUAGCCAUUAGCAGUUAUACUUGUUAGAUUUAUCUCUCAAAAAAAUAGCAUGAAGUGCUUACUGUAACAACCAAAAGUUAUGACCUUAGUGCCAGAUGAGUUUGAUGUAUUGCUAGCUAAAAGAUUCAAGCAAUUGCUUUGUAGAGUUUUGAUGUACUGAGGGGGUCACAUAGCAUUUGGUGUGUGCUGUUUUUUGCUUAUUUCACUUUGCAAGACAGUUUAGGUAGUGAAGGCCAAUUAAAAAGAAAGGGUGUUUUUUUUUAAUACAUAUGCUAUGGAAUCAGGAUAUUGAGCAUUUUGUUCCAAAUGUGUUGGCCUCAGUUCAAAGUCACUGAAGCUACAUUCACAAGACGUUUCUUAGAAUUGUAACAAAAUACUUUAUUUUCAAUGUUCAGUUCAAAUUGAGAUUGAGAAAUCAAUUGGUAACUACAAGAAUGAAAUCAUAGGUUUAUAAUGCAUUUUCAAAGGUUGUCAAGAGGCAGUAUCUUCAGGAUGAAUAGACGAAGUCAAAACUGAUAUAAAAAAAUUUGAAGAUAAGUUUUGUAAUUGCUACAGCCUGCUACCAAGGGUGAUUGUAGAUAUUAAUGUAAUCAACAACUACAUCUUUAACAAUAUUAAUCAAAUUAAGACCUUGUUUUUCACUAGCCUGUAAAAAAAAAUGCUUUGGAAAUUAAAUUAACCUUUUGUAAAAGAAAACAACAAUGUAUUUUAAGAUUAUCUGAAUAUGUUGAAAGCAAUGCUGCAUAUUUUCAUUAAGAUACAGCUUGUAUUGAAGAAUACAGGAUACUGUAGCAGGAAGUGAUGGAAAGGAUCAUUGUUGAGGUGUUGUUGCAUUUUAAAUGAAAGUGUUACUGAUAUUAUCUUGCCAAGUCACUCCAACAAAAUUUGAAAACAAAAAUACUGAAACGUUUUAGAACAGGUGAAAAAAAUUAGGGCAAAACAAAGAUACGUUGGCCUGGUAUAGGCUGUGGGAUUUUAAUGUGCUUUAGAGAAUGUGUUUUAUAUCCAAUCAUUCCAGAGUCUGCUAAAAUAGAAAAUUUUGGGAUUGGCCAGUGUUAGCUUGUAUGUUUUAAGUAAAAUUUGCACUUGUGUUUUUUGCUGUAGAGUGAUUUGCAGAAUAAAUUGCUUCUCAUCUGACACUAGUUAAAGUUCUGUGCUGUUUAUUUUUGAAACAGGGCAAUAUAGAAACUUUGCCCGAGAUUAAGGCAGGCUGCUGAAAAGGUCUAAGCCCAGACAAUGCUAGGUCAUUAAAAUUAUGAAAUACUUUCCUGACACUGUUGACAUUGUUAGUUUUUGAGGAGCGGUUCAGUUACAAGUUAAAUAAGUCAAAUUUUGCACCAUACACAUAUGGAUGACUUUGUGAUGGAAUUUCACUUUCUUUUACCUUGUAGCCUUCUGCUAAGCAUUGGAUUGAAUUUAGUUGCAUUUUGGAUGUACAUUUUUCCAUUUAUAACUGUAUGGUUUUUUUGGUCAGGAUAAAGUACCGAUGUCAUAAUAUA